CCUCAACUGAUUAUUCCCCAACUCACGGUGAUGUCCUCCAACCAGCUGGUACUCCCCGCCGUCCUUCUCGGACUCGCUAACCACGCGAUGUUCCACCACUACCCACCCAAGAACGCGCACUACCCGCUCCUCGCGCUCGCCCUCCAGCCGCCUCUGCUCGUCUUUGCCCGGUCGACACUUUCGUUUGGCAGUGUUAUAACCACCGGCGCCAUUUUCCUCGCCAGCCUGACAGCCUCUAUCGUCGCAUACCGCCUUUCCCCAUGGCAUCCUCUGGCCCACAUCCCCGGCCCGAUGCUCGCCAAAGUCAGCAAACUCUGGGGCGUCAGCCUACUCAUUCGGGGCAACCGCCAUCUGGUGCUAAAGAAACUUCAUGAGAAACAUGGAGACUUUGUCCGUAUUGGGCCCAAUGAGGUUUCCGUCGUCCACGCUGAAGCCAUCCGCUCUGUCCUGGGCACGAGUGGCUUCCAGAAAGGUCCAUUCUACGAGCCGUUCUCUGACCCACAGCUACCCACCAAGAGUCUGCUCAACCUUCGCUCUGACGCGCACGCCAACCGCCGCAAGAUUUGGAACCGCGGGAUGAGCACCGACUCACUCAAGGACUACGAGGGCAUCCUGGCCAAACGCAUCUCAAUUAUGCUCUCCCAGUUCGACAAGUUUGCGAACGAGGGAACGAAGGUUGACUUGUCGGCAUGGUGUAGCUACUUGACGUUUGACUUUAUGGGAGACAUGGCCUUCGGUGGUGGCUUCGAGAUGCUGCGCGAUGGUGAAGACAGGGACGGCAUCUUCUCGAUAAUCAAGAUCGGCAUCAAGGCUACUGCCAUCUUCGCUCAAAUCCCGUGGAUCGCGCCGACCGUCGACAUUACGCCUGGACUCAACGAUGUCAUGAACCGUCUUCGCCGCUUCGGACUCUCAAGCGCGCAGAAUCGCGUCAAGUCGGGUCCCAAAGAGCACAAAGACCUGUGGUAUCACUUGAUGGACGAGGAUGGCCACGAGAAAGUCAAGCCAACGCUGCCUGAGGUUCUCGUUGACGGAAUCCUCGCCAUUGUCGCAGGCUCUGACACCUCCGCAUUUGCGCUCUCAUACUUCUUCUGGUGCAUGAUGACAAAUCCCGCUAUUUACGCGCGCGUCAAGGCCGAGGUGGACGCUGUAUACCCCGACCCCGAAAGCAUUCUUGGCUCAGAAAAGCACGGCGAAUUGAAGUUCUUGACCGCCUGCCUCCAAGAGUCCCUCCGCCUCUUCCCUCCUGUUCCGACGGGCGGUGCACGCGAAAUCCCCGCCGGCGACGCCAAGCUCAUUGCUGGAAAGCUCAUUCCGGAACACACUCAGGUCUGCCUCCCGGCCUACGUCAUUCACCGCAGCCCGAAGCACUUCUUCCCCGCGCCCGAUAAGUUCGACCCCGACCGCUGGCUGCGCAACGGCUCUGCCAACUCGGAGAUCCUCAAUCAGGGCGUGCUGCUGACUUUCUCGUACGGCGCGGCCAACUGCGCGGCGAAGCACCUUGCGUGGCGCGAACUGAUUAUGGCGACAAGUGCGUUGGUGCGCCGCUACGACAUGCGCUUCGUCGACCCGAAGGGGAAGGCCGGCGCCAAGUGGGACGAGACGCUGGGCGAUAUAUAUGUCACCGAGACCGGGAAGCUCAUGGUAGAAGUAUCGGCACGGUAA